AGUCCUACGCUGCUCUAACCCACUUAUUUUAAAGAAAAUGUGGAAAGAUUUGUUCGUCUUCUUUUUAUUCAAAUCAUUAACAGGUACACACAGUGCACCAACUAUCUCAGGUGUGAACCCACUGAAUCUUGAGAUUCGGGAAGAUACACCAGUGCAUCAUCUGCUCACCACAAUCACUGCUGCUGUGCCAGCAGGAGAUAAUUUGGUUGGUGGACCAGUUAUCAUUAAUGCUGAUCCUGUUGAAUAUCCAUUUGAAAUAAUUCCAAAUUCAACAAAUCAAUGGGAUCUGGUGACAACAAGCGGUCCAAAGCUUGAUUUUGAGGGCACUCCACGCUUCACACUUCAACUGUUUGUGAAAGACCAGAAGGAUAGUUCUGCUUCUCAAACCAUCAUAAUAAAGAUUCUUGAUGUAAAUGAGCCACCCAUCUUUCUGGGAACUUUGGCUAAUCAAGAUGCUGAAGUUUAUAUUGCAGAAGAUACUCCUGUCAACACAAUAAUAUACAAAGUUUCAGCAAAAGAUCCAGACAAAAAUGAUGUUCUAGAGUAUUCAUUAUCAGGCACCACAGACUUCCAGAUAGGUGCCACUGGUUCAAUAUCUGUAGGGAGGACUCUUGAUCAUGAAAGUGCAACAAAGAGCUAUUCAUUGGCAGUGAAGGUAAAUGAUACAAGUGGUCUCUUCAUUACUGGAACCGUGAAAGUAUUCAUCACCGAUGUCAAUGAUAAUAGUCCAAUAUUAUCUUGCACUUUCAAAAGCAUAACUGAUGGCAAAGAAACUGAGUUGAAAGAAAAUUCUAACUCAGGGAAGACAGCAAUUAUAGACUUAGAUGAAGAGCUUGCAACAGGAACAGUUAUUGCCACCUGCAUGGCCACAGAUGCUGAUAUUAAGAGUGACAUCACCUACGAGCUUGAUCCUGCAAAUACUUAUUUCACCAUUGACAGAGAUGCAGGAACAGUGGUUGUUUUUUCUCAAAUGGACAGGGACCAAAAUAGAUUUCAGACAGUUCAGACAUUCUCUGCUAAAGCAUGUGAUGAAGACCUGAAUUGUGCAACUAUUCCAGUCAGAACAAACAUUAUUCCAGUUAAUGACAAUACUCCAUCUUGCAACCCAUCUGUUUAUAGAAUUUCAUAUCCUGAACUAGUCCUUCAAGGAACAGUGGUUGCAACUUUAAUCUGUGCAGACUCUGACAUCCCAAGUGACACAUUGUCAUAUGUUCCCAUAAGUGGGUCCCUUGGCCCUGGAAAUACUUUUAUCCAAAAACCUGGUGCAGAUAAUGUUAUACAGGUAGGAGCCAAAGACUUGGAUUAUGAAGAUGUAGCUGUUGCUGCCAUGGGUUAUACAUACACAUUGAUAAUAGCUGUGUCUGAUUCAAAUAUUUCCACUCACACUGCAACUGCCACAGUGAUUGUAGAAAUUACACCUGUAAAUGAUUUUAGUCCAGCGUUUGAGAAGAAUCCCUAUCACUUUGAUGUUUUGGAAACAGAAACAACAAAACACAAGAUUGGGAGAGUUGUUGCAACAGAUAAUGAUUUUCCACUGAAUGCUGUGACUUACAAAAUCAUUUCUGGAGACAUACAAGUCAUGAAACAGUUCUGGAUUGAUCCAAGAGAAGGAAUCCUAGAGCUAAUAACACAAUUAGACUAUGAAUCUGUCAAAGAGUAUACUCUCACCAUUGAAGCUGUGGAUAGUGAUCCUAAUCAGCCUAAAACUGCAGUGACCCAGGUCAUCAUCGAUAUAAUAGAGGAAAAUGAUGAAAAACCUGUUUGUUUCCCACUUACAUACAAAGCAACUAUUCUUGAUAAUAUUGCUGUUGGAACUAACAUCAACAGCUUCAGACUGAGCUGUCAAGAUAGAGAUUCCAGUCACAAUGAGACCCGGUUUGAAAUUGUAUCAGGAAAUGUGAACAACCAUUUUGGAUUUGACCCUGACCGUGGAAUUAAUACUCCUAAACUGAUAGUAACAGCUCCAUUUGACUUUGAGGGAAAAGCAGAUGUUCAGCACCAAUAUCAUCUGGUCGUUCACAUCGUUGAUGAUAAUAUUAAUAAAGUUAAACCAAGGACAGGAACUGUGCUGAUUGACAUUACUGUGGUUGAGACAAGAACAACUGCUCCCACAACGACGUCCUUUUAUGAAAGAAAAGGACUGACUAUUAUUAAGAGAGCGGUGAAUACCUAUAAUGGAUCAGAUUGGUAUGUUCCCUUUAUUAUCACAUUGCUGGCAAUCCUGAUGGCUAUCUUCUUUGCCCUGGCUCUUUACCUGACCUUGACCCGGACUAAAUGCAUACAAUGCUGCAAAAAGGCAUGCACCAAAAAGCCAAAACCACCUCCAAAAAAAGUGAAGAUUUACGUACCAGAACCUAAGAAAGAAAAAGUGGAAGUUGUAACGGAGGUAACUAAGUACGACACUGUUUUCAAUGGACUAGCAGUCGAUCCAGUAACUGGAAGGUUGUAUGAGUACAACAGUGCAACAGGAGCCAGGAAGUGGAAGGAAGGAAAUGAGCCAGACGUGGAAAACAGGAAUACUGCACCAGAAAUACCCCAGCCUGAAAAACCUCCUUCUCUAAAAUAAAGAGAAAUUAUUAUGGAGUAGAAAGACAAGAUCUCAUA